CCUACAGUCCUGCCUCAGGAAGCAGCAGCAGCAGCAGCAGCAGCAGCAGCAGCUCCUGCUUCCAGCGCACCAGUCUGCUCAAGCAUCCGCUGUGGAGAGAUGCGCUCAGGCUGCAGUCUACACCGCAAGUAGAUUUCCACUGGAGAAAUCGACCGAUCAAACAAACAAACAAACGAACAAACAGGCAAUGAGAUGGUAUUCAUUCAAUUCGACUCUGCAAUCGGAUUUUCCUGCAAUGUGUUCGCAGCCUUGGAAUAAUUGAGCGCGCGUCGUUUGGAGGGUCGGUGCGCGCAGCCAUGAGGAUAACUGUCGUGUCCCGUGGAUGAUGAGGAGGAUGUGGUCUCACGAUGAACGCAGAUUUUCAGAACCCUCUAGAUUUCCCUCAGCCAGAGGCCCGCAGUCACCUGACCAUCAAACUACAGUCCAAUCUGAUGUCCAGGCCGUGUCCCCUUGCCUGUGGUCCAAAACCUCCUGUUGCCCCCAGGCCAAGACCCCUGCAGGACUCCUGUCCAGAAGAGGAGGAUCAUUGUCAUUCUCUGGGACUCUGUAAUGGUGACCUGAGUCAUUCUGAUGGGGAGGCUGAAGAGCUCCAUGACAUGGCAGAGGAAUCUCUGGACAAAGAGGGAAAAAGUGAGACUAAUGGAACGGGAGAACUUAGCGGCGAGGACAUGGGAGACAGUGAAACUGAAGGAGAGACACAGACGGAAGGGGAAACACGGGAGGAUGACGGUGAUGUGGACAGCCUCAGCUCUGAGGACACAGUGAAAGGAGAUGAUGGCUCUGUUAUUGAAACUACUGAAGAUGAAAACACUGACAAUGAUGUAAACCUGUGUGACUACGGAAACCUCAGUGACGACGACAACACGUCAACGCCGUCCCUCCUUCUUACUGAAACGGAAGACGAGGCUGCUGAAGAAGAGAAGGACCCCGAGCAACAGAGUUACAGUAAGAACUGCUGUGAAUCUCCAGGUCUGCGCAGUGACAACGAUGCAGAGAAAAGCCAAACACAGUCAGGCAGCAGUCAGGCUGACGUGGACGGUGAUUUUGAACUUCUUGAACCAGACAAAAACAUGUGCAAGGACUUUAAGACUGAGCUGGACGCUAAAGGAUUAGCUUUUGGAAUCUGCGUGCUUCCAGCUCUGACUGAGGAGUAUCCCUACGAUGUGAUUGGCCUCGGGGAUGACGCCAGCGAUACGUGUGAGCCGUGUGAUCCUGCUGUAUCUGUUUCAGGGGACACCGAGGUCUGGCAACCAGAGCGGGCCACCAAAGACCUCUCCGGCUGCUUUCGAUUCACAUCCAGCACAGAAGACGUGUUUGGUCCCUACUCUGUCAUCGAAGCUGUUCCCGUGGACAUGACCAUCACGGCUGACCCAGAGUGGAGUGUGGACAGCACUGAUGACAACCCUUCAGAUGAACUUCAAACGCCCAGUGCUUCCAACCAGGAGCCUUACUAUGUCUCAACAGAUGAUGUGGACCAGCUGGACAGCAAACAGAUGCUGUCAGAGAAGGACAAGACUGUCGAUGGCACUGAUCAGUCGAAUCAGCACAAAGGCAUUGAGUCAGCUGAUGAGUACGCAGACAUUGACGAUUCCCUCUGUCCUAAAGAAGAUGACACAGAGCAAACAGGAGGUGUCUCAUCCGAGGAUUAUGUAGAGAUCGGUGACGAGGACGAGGACGAAGAGCCAGAGAAGAGACACAUCAAAGGGAAAAGUGUGAAAGAGAGAACGGCCAAGAGAGACCAGGCCUUUAACAGCAAGAGGGCAAGCUGUCAGCCUCGGAUCAGGCUGUGUAACAUCACAGUGCCAGCAGAUCUAGACCUGGGCCGCACCCCGGAGCUCACCAACAGAGUGGUGUUCGCCCACACUACAGAGGCCUUUGAGGAAGAUAUAGAGGAACUUGACUGCCAUAUUGUGCCUUAUUAUGAAGACACUGACUCUGAUAAUGAGGAGCAUAUUUAUGAGGAGGCGGGGUUUGAUUCAGAAGGGGAGAACUUUGUUGCACUGGACAGGAAAUCUGUUGUCACACGCUCACGUUCUUACUCUGGGAAAUUUCCAGGUUAUGUGCCCGAAACUGUACCUGAAGAGACAGGGACGGAGUAUCAGACCCAUGACUACUGCACCGUGGCCUCGGAUAAAAACAGUGAACUCCUCAGUCCGUCACAGCAGCCUGGGGUCAACAGUUUGAUUCCAUCUGUAACCUCUCGCCGUUUCCUGGUGUACUCCCAGCCCGCAGAUGGACCAGAACUGUCCUCCACUGUACCCUCGGAGUUCAAACGAUCUCUGAAUGAGAUCAGGAUCAGAAGGAAGGAUGACACACUUUCCCUCCCUUGUGUCAUAACUUCCUCUGGAAGCUUCUCCCAGCGUAGCCAUCAAUCGUCCAGUGGUGUUUCUACACCAACUUCUCUUGUGGACAUCCCACCACCCUUUGAGCUGGCAUACAUCACCAAAAGACCAGUCACCAAGAGUUCCCCAUCUGUCUUGAUCCAACAUGAGCCAAGUGACGAUUUGAAGAAAAAAAAAUCCUCCUUUAAAAGAUUUCUGGCGCUCAAGUUCAAGAAGAAAACAGAUACGAAAGGUUUCAGCGAUGUCAGUGUCCGGUCUUCACGUUCCUCCUCUGAAUCCAGUCAUCACGGCCCAACGAGAGUUAUAGAGCUUGAUCGCAGAAGCACCGGCAACUCGCCUCAACUUCAGUCACAUAUCAGAAACUGUCAGCAGCGUUCCUUGGAGCUGACACCGACCUUUGUCCACGACAACGUCCUCCAUAAAAGGAAAGGCGAUCCCAGAACUUACAACAAGGGUGUUUCUAGAGUGGAGUCUUUUGAGGAGCGCUCACGCCGCUCUGUCAUGCCGCUGCCUACGACCAAACCCCGCUCCAUUUCCUUCCCCAGUGCAGACACCUCAGACUAUGAAAACAUCCCAGCCAUGAGCUCAGACUAUGAGAAUAUCCAGAUCCCGGGCAGGCCUACGAGAUCUCACACAGUCACUGAGUUUUUUGAGAAUCCAAACCGAACCACAGUUGCCUCCAAUGAAAACGAUGGUUAUGUGGAUAUGAACAGCUUUCCUGGAAUUGACAGCAAACCCCAGACUUUGGAAAAUGACACAGAAAGUGCCUACACGGUGCCGUUUCCCAUGAACCCUGCCUCAGCUGGACUGUCAGCCGAUGAAGACCACGGCCGCACCUCAGAGGAAGAGGAGGGGGCGGCAGAGCAGAGUUAUGACCGACAGAUUGAUGGCCGUUCUCGAGCGUUCUACAUUGCCAAAGAGCUCGUCGACUCGGAGAAACGACACGUGAACCUCCUCAAGAACAUUCAUGAGGACUUUAGGUUAGCUGUGGCUGAGUCAGUGGGUGAGGACGGAGAGCCAGUGAUGGAGGAGCAAAGACUGGGGGAGAUACUGGGCGUCCUGCCGCAGGUCUACAGUCUUCACAGCAGCAUCCUCACUGAGCUGGAAGAACGCAUCAGUCGGUGGGAGGAGAGCCAGAGGGUGGUGGACGUGAUUCUGUGUCGUCGGGCAGAUUUCUCUGUGUUUGACACCUACAUCUCAGAGUAUGAUCGCAGCAUGUCCUUACUGGAGGAGAGCUGCCGGAAGAACAAAGCCUUUGGCAGCAUUGUUAAGGAGUUUGAGACACAAAAUUGCCUAAAAGAGACUGAGGUUCCACUGAAGCACCAGCUGCUGCAGGUCGUAGUGAGGGUCCUCCAGUACCGAAUGCUGCUCACAGAUUACUUGAACAACCUCUCCCCCGACUCUAAAGAAUACGAAGAAACACAAGAUGCCCUGGUGAUCGUGUCUGAGGUGGCAGACCAGGCUAAUGACAAUCUGAAGCAGGGGGAGAACUUGCUGCGUCUGGUCCACAUAGAGUACAGUGUUAAAGGCAAGAGGGAUCUUCUGAAGCCCGGAAGAAUGUUUGUCAAAGAGGGAACUCUCAUGAAAGUCUCGAGGAAAAGCAGGCAGCCCCGACACCUGUUUCUGAUGAAUGAUUUGAUGCUGUACACCUACCCUCAACAAGAUGGAAAGUACAGGCUGAAGAACACACUGACUUUGUCAGGGAUGAAGGUGAGCAAACCUGUCCUUGACAAUGUGUUGAACUGUCUGAAAAUCGAGGUUUCUGACAUCACCAUCACUCUUUCUGCCAGUUCUGUUGGAGAGAGGGAAGACUGGUUUCACACGCUGAGUCGAGCCAUAGCAGACCACGCUGCAGGUCUGUGUACGUUUGGUGGGCCCUGCAAUGAGGCACGGGAGAAGCUGUGGAUGGCCCUGGGAGAAGCUGCUCCUGUGCUGGUGCCUGUUUCUCAUGUGAUGAUGUGCAUGAACUGUACCACUGAAUUCAGCCUCACACUGAGGCGACACCACUGCAACGCCUGUGGCAAGGUGGUGUGUCGCGCUUGUUCCAGGAACCGUUACCCACUCAGGUACCUCAAAGACAGAGUGGUUAAAGUUUGUGACCGCUGUUACAGCGAGCUCAGAAAAAGAGGUGGAAGCGUGAGCAGCACUUGUGAGAACUCCAGCCCUCGGACCCUUCGGUCCAAUCGUCCUCUCUCUGCUGUCUUCCAGAGCCUGCAGACCCCGACUCUGUGGAAGAGCCGUAAGAGCACAUCCUCUCUCAAUCAGGUGUCACUGGCCGUGGAGGGCUCCACCAUGAGUGGCAGCCUGCAGCGACGCAAGAAGAGCAAGAGGAAGUGGAAGCGCCUGUGGUUCCUUCUCAAAGACAAGGUGCUCUACACCUUCACAGCCCGUGAGGACAAAGUGGCUUCAGAGAGUCUGCCUCUGCAGGGCUUCACUGUCAAACUGACUGAGAGAGCAGAGAGUGAGGACAGCAGUAACGUCUUCCACCUUUACCACAAGAAGACACUGUUCUACACCUUCAGGGCUGACGAUCAACACACUGCACAGAGGUGGGUGAAUGCCAUUGAGGAGGCCACAGUUUUAUAGCACCCCCUGCUGUCUGUGACUGCUGAAACUCCUGCGUGGAGCAUAACAAAGCUACCUGCUGCAUCUGAACUCACGCCAUUGAUUGUUGUGACAUCAUAAUCACAAGUUGCAUCUUUGGGAAGAUGGACACCAGUUGGCCUCCUCUUAGUUCUUGACUACUGUAUAUCUUCAUGUGAAGCCACCUUUUUUUUAUUCUUCUAGAUGAAACCUCAGAGUUACACUUUAAAUAAAGCACUCAAAUGAGUCCAUUAAAAAUCCUCAAACUGCUACUGGAUUAACAAGCACUCUGAGUCCACUCUACCUUAGGCCAUUCCCUUCAUUCACAGGAGACCUAAUCAACAGUUUCUGAGUUAUGGUGCUUACAGACAGACAGACACAUUAUGAAACUCCCAUGGAGGAUUAAAGAACUCCACUGAAGUUUCCACAUACCGUUCAUGAAAUGGUGUUGAGAGAUUCCAGUUUUUCAGGAAUAUAUACACAGUACGGUGAGGUAUGCACUGCAGAAACAGCUGCUGACGUAAGUUAUAUAUAUACGAGUUUGUGUAAAGGGACGGCGAUACACAAGUGAGCAGACAUUUUUAACCAUCAUGUUGUGCUUCUGUUUUGAUUUUUGUUCUUGUGCUUGUAUUAAAUCUGCACAGCUUUGGAAUGAAAUGAUGCCUUGUGUUCAGUAAAACCUUUCUUCAUAAUUUGCCACGCCUUCCUAACACGCUGAGGAUGAGGUCAUCCGUUUUGAUGCCAUGGAAUCUGUAGCAGAUGAAUGAAGAAUGUGCCUGAAAUGAAACUGUUCUUCUCAAUUCUUCAUGUUAUCACAGUACUGUGCUCCUCUUACGUCCUAACCAGAGACAAUUAUAAUAUUUGUUGUUUUGUUGUUUUGUUUUAGGUUUUUUAACUCAUCUACUGUUAUACACAUUAACAUCUAGUUAUUAUCUGGAGAGAAGAAUAUACAAUUUUUAGAAAUGACAUUUUUCAUGUAAAUGGACACCCGCAUGUAGUUGCAAUCGUAAAGGAUAAUUCAGAUUUUUGGAAGUGUGGUAACAGGAAGUUUUGACAGAGUCUGGAAUGAUCCUAGGCCUUGAACACUACCAGCAGUGACAAAACACACAAACAAUAUAAUUAUUAUAUAUAAUUAUUAUAUAUAAUUAUUUACAUAAAGUAAUUGCUAACUGUUACCCAUUUGUUUUUUUGUUUUUUUACAGCAUCUUUAUGUAUUCCUUUUUCCAUUUUUUGAGUAUAUAUGUACACAUAAUUACAUAUUUACUUAAUGGAGUCUGGUUAUCCUUCUUAUCGUGUUAUAGCAGAAACUUAAGUGUGAUUGUUGUCGGCCUUCUAUGAUUUAGGCUGGUUCCUGGCUUCAGCACAGAUAAUGUGGCGGUCAUUGGUCACUGAAAACGACCAUAGUUCAAAAACACUGGACUUUCCCUUUAACCUAGUUGACAUCAUUUAAAGAACACAGUGAGUUUCAACCCUCAAACUACCUAUAACACUGAAAUUCUCACUGCUGCUGCUUCUUCAGUACUUUUCUUGCCUUCAUUAGCUAAGAAUCAAUGCCUAUGCCUUUUUUUUUAUUUACUAAUAAAAUUGUACCAUCUUAUAACGUGAGACCCUUCCCACCUUUCAAACACACUAUUUGUAAAGCACACAAGUACUGUUUAGCUUUUCUACUCAUUUCUUAAGGGUCAUAUUGAUUAUUCUAAUUCUUAUUAUUAUUAUUAUGGAAUGUACCUCUUGCAUUGUAAGUGCAUUGUAAAUGUUUGUGUACAUAGAUACAUAUAAAUAAUAAACACAUUUGAAAUGUUUACUGUUUGUGUUUCAGUAAACAAGCCUUGUUGUUACAGGUCACAAACUAAAUGAACAAUAGAACAGCUAACACGUGAUGCAAUUAAUCAAAAUUAUUACUGCACUGGUAUAGGUUGCUGGGAAACGAACUGAAAUAAUGAAAUAACUUGCACCUAUCAGGUGUCGACAACUAUG